CAACUUAAGCAUUAUACAAACAACCAAACUGUUUGCAAUUCUUAGAAAAUUGUGAAAAAUAAGUACACCACUGUAUUGCUGUCUCGUACUGUUUAUACUGUAUAUACUCUUUAUGCCAAUCAGGUUCAUUGUUGAAAAGGUGAAAAUGUGCACCAUAUCACUGAGGGGUUGCAUGUGUUAUCAAUGUGCCAGGACACUUUAUCAUAACUGCUAACCAGGAUCAGGUUUCUUUGUGUUCUGCACUUCAAGUGUCGUCUCAAGCUGUAGUUCCACAUUGUCCACAUUCACAUGCAGACCAACACAAAUCCGGCGAGGCAGAGGAAGAAGAACAUCAACAUAAAUGGAGAAUUUCGCUCUCAGAAGGAAGAAAAACCACCAGUUCCUUUCCAGAAGGAAAACAAAAAUAAGAAGAGAAUGGCUAUUAGUAAGCUCCUUAUCAACAUCUCCAUUGGGUUGUGCAUUUUUAGCCUCGUCUGGUUCUUCUACGCCCUGUACAUGCGCUCUGCCUUGUCUAGGAGAGCUGUGACACUUCAUCCUUCACCCCGGCUCUUAGAUGCCAAAAGCACCUCUGCAGCUGUGUCUCCUGAGAGGUUCUGGGGCUCGUAUCGACCACACAUUUAUUUUGGCAUGAAAACAAGAAGUCCUAGGUCUGUUGUUACAGGCUUGAUGUGGAUGAGUCAAAUCUCACAGAGUGAUGUGAACCUGAGGCACACGUGUGAGCAGGGGGAUGGAUUGAGCUCCUAUGGCUGGCUGAUCCAUGAUGGGGUCAACUUUGGGAUGCAGCAGAUCCAGGACACUGAUUUCACCCUGACAACAACCUUUGUGAAACGGAUGGGAGGGAAACAUGGUGGGGACUGGACCUGGAGAAUCACAGGCAAACAGAGCAACACAGCCUCUGAAGCUCCCAUCAUCUCGCUGAUGUUCUAUGUUGCUACUGAUACCCAGGGUUAUCUGCAACCUCACAUAGAGGAUAAGACCCAUCUGAGCCAUGUUACAGGCACUUCAGAGGAACUGGGUGACUUCAAAAUCACUUUCAACAAACCUACCAGUGAAGACACAGCUACAGAUAAAUAUGCAAGCUAUAAUUACUUGCAGACACUAAGCCCUGGUCUGGACCAACUAACAGACAUAGUGAAGAACAGCCUGAGUCACAGAUUUGUUUUCAGCCCAUCAACUGCAGAGAAGAGGUCAUACAUUGCUGUGGAUACCUACACACCUCCUCCACAAAAAGACAACCGCAUCCAGGGUGACUUUGUGGUGCACCAGGUUACUGUCCAAGUCCCCUUCCAGAUUGAGGUUUUGUUUGAGUCUGGAAGUUUUCAUGACCGGCCCAACCAGCUGAAGGGCUCAGUGCUGACUGAGGAGCUUACGAGGCUGGAAUUGUCCUACAGUGAGAAGUUCGAGGAGGCAUUCAGACUUCAGGCUAAAGAGUUUACUCCAGAUCAGGUGAGGUUUGGCAAAGCUGCUUUAAGCAACAUGCUUGGUGGUAUGGGCUACUUCUUUGGACAGUCCAUGGUGCAGUCAAAUUAUGAUGAGCACCCCAUUUUUUACCCUGAGGCUGCCUUGUUCACUGCAGUGCCCUCCCGCUCCUUCUUCCCAAGGGGUUUCCUGUGGGAUGAAGGCUUCCACCAGCUUCUCAUCAGUAAGUGGGACCCUCAAGUGACACGUGAGGCUGUUGCUCACUGGCUGGAUUUGAUGAACAUGGAAGGCUGGAUCCCACGUGAGCAGAUCCUCGGUGAUGAGGCACUCAGCAUGGUCCCUUCACAGUUUGUGGUGCAGCACACUGAAAAUGCAAACCCACCUGCAUUCUUUCUUGUCCUGGAGGAGAUUCUGGAACAGCUUGAGACACAUCCAGAUGCACCACAAUUGCAAGAUACUCUACCUUUCCUAAGAAGAUUGUACCCCCGACUGCAGACAUGGUUCGACUGGUAUAACACCACUCAAGCCGGACCCUUGCCCAACUCCUACCGUUGGCGUGGUAGAGACAAGGACACCAACCACUUCCUCAACCCUAAGACCUUGACUUCCGGGCUGGAAGACUACCCUCGUGCAUCACACCCUUCUGAAGAUGAAAGGCAUGUGGAUUUGUACUGUUGGAUGGUGCUUGCAUCCCGGAUCAUGACAAGCAUAGCACAGCUGCUUGGGGAACCCCAUCAGAAGUAUGAGCACACCUACCAGACCCUCAGCAACAACAGCCUUCUGAGUGAGUUUCACUGGUCCAAGAGAUUUCAGGCCUUCUGUGACUAUGGUAACCACACUCAGGAUGUGUUCUUGCAGCAAGAAAAGGUUUUUGUGCCUGCCGAACAGAUGAAUCAUGAGUUACCUGCAAAACGCCUGGUGCGAUUAGUGCACAAAGCCCCUAAGCUUCAAUAUGUGAAUGCACUUGGCUACGUUAGUCUGUUUCCAUUCUUGCUUCAGGUCCUGACACCCGACUCUCAAAAAUUAGAGUACAUUCUGAAAGACAUUCGGGAUCCUGCUCGCUUGUGGACACCCUAUGGCUUGCGCUCACUUUCACAUUCAGAUCCAAUGUAUAUGAGACGCAACACAGAGCAUGAUGCCCCCUACUGGCGUGGUGCUAUAAGGAUGAACAUCAACUACCUGGCACUAAGGGCACUGCACCAUUACAGCAGGAUAGAGGGACCAUACCAGGAGAUGGCUGCUGAUCUCUAUCAAGAGCUCAGGACUAAUGUCAUCAAUAACAUUUACAAACAGUACCAGGAAACUGGAUAUAUCUGGGAACAGUACAAAGACAGCACAGGUCGGGGACAGGGUAGUCACCCUUUCACAGGCUGGUCAGCUCUGAUUGUUCUCAUCAUGGCUGAAGAGUACUGACCCCACUGCAGGUUCUGUACUAUUAAUAUCAAAAGGUGCUUGUAUUUAUCUAACUUGCUUAUUAGAAAAAAUGAGUGUUUAUGUUGGAGACCACUAUCUAUGUUUAAAUAAUUCAUAUGGGAUUAUGUUUUACAGUAAUAAGUAGAAGUCUUUUAUAAAUCAUACUUGAAAAAUGAAAAGUAUUUUCUUUUAUAAACUAGUUUCAAUUGAUCAUUCUAUUCUCCAGUGUGAAUUGCAAUGGGAUGUAAGAGAGGGUAAGAGAAUGUAAUGUGAUCAGACCACAUGGAUUUUAUUCUGAAAUUCUAGUGGGUUCAAAAUAAUAAACCAAUACCAACCUGCAAUUUUCUUUAUUUUCUUU